UCACGGAUACUACCUCCAUAUUUUAUACAGUCUAUGAUUGACAUCUGCCCUCAUAAAACUCAUAAAAAUGAUUCAAGCCCUUCUUAGAUGUGACACAUUUAAGUAUUGUUGUCUUUAUUUAAAAAAUAUCUAGUUUGAAAACAUACACCUUCAUAUUUUGUCAGCGAAACAUAAAAUGUAUUAAUCAUAUACCCUAUGGGAUUUAUUUGAUGUUGAUCAACACAAAAUAAAUGAGUUCGAAUGUGGUACCACCCUUUGCGCAUGCGUUAUGCCAUCGUCGCGGGCAUACGUCAUUCAUCACUCCUUCUGGCUGCUCGACCGUAUAUCGUGGGAAACCGUCUGCAGGUCGAAGUCCGUUCUUUGAAGGCUUGCUUAUCCUGCUGGAGCUGAGACACAGCCGGAGCGCAGCGGAGCGGAGCCGGGUUAAAUCAACUUUUCCAAGCUUCUUGUGGCAGCCUCCUCAUGGUCAGCGUUACCAAGCUUCUUAUGCCAAUGUCCUAGUGUUCAGAGUUGCCAAGCUUCUUGUGGCAGCCUCUUAGUGAUGAUUAAUGCAGAGUUCUUGCAGAUCACCACGAAACCACUGCAGUCAAAUUUCAUGUCGCAGCUGGACAACUUUUCACACAAGCUGAUGCAGAUCUUCAAGAGCAAAGGAGGAGUGAAGGUGCAAAGAAUCAAAGAUGUCCUGGCAAAAAUAGAUUUGUGUGACAACAUCAACAUCAGGAGUGAGUGCAUCCUGAGAAGCCUUGUUAUCUACCUCAAUGAAGAUCCUGACACCGUCUUCAAGGAAUAUCUGCUAGCCAACUUGCCUGAAGAUGAGAAACACCCGACCAAAAGUACAGAUGAGCUGAAUGUUGCUAUCAGAGCAACCUGGGCUUCAAUAACACCUCAGCUGUGCCAAAGGCUGAUCGCCUCCAUGCCACGCCACAUUGAUGCAAUAAUUUGUGAUGCACUUUCAUGGUAUGUACUUGAGGUUGAGGAAGAUCAAUGCGAUUCCAUGUCUUUGUCCAGCAUGAUGACCCCGUCCUCAGCCUGCAUGUCCCUGAACAUGGAAAUGCCCCGGAAACGCAAGGGCAGCAUGGACAACCAAGAUGCAAAAUCUGCUUCCUUCACUGAUGCAGAUAUGGAGGACGACCAAAACGGGUCAGAUGGAGACGACCAACAUGUCAAAAUCAAAUGCUUCAGGGAACCUCACAGCCAAAUUGAGAAGAGAAGACGGGACAAAAUGAACCAUCUCAUUGACAAACUGUCAGCCAUGAUCCCCACCUGUAACCCCAUGUCAAGAAAGCUGGACAAACUCACUGUGCUCAGAAUGGCAGUGCAGCACCUCAAAUCUCUUAAAGGUUCGGGAACAUCUUUAUCUGAAGCUAACUACAAACCGUCAUUCCUUCCCGACGAGGAGCUCAAACACCUUGUCCUCAAGGCUGCAGAUGGGUUCCUGUUUGUAGUGGGCUGUGAUCGUGGGAAAAUAGUUUUUGUCUCAGAGUCCGUCACGAAGAUAUUAAAUUAUAGUCGGGCGGAGCUGAUUGGACAGAGCCUGUUUGACUACAUACACCAAAAAGACAUGGGGAAGGUGAAGGAGCAGCUGUCGGCUUCCGAAUUGUACCCUCGUGAACGACUAAUAGAUGCUAAAACCGGUCUGCAGGUCCAGGCUGACCUCCCUGUCGGAGCAGCAAGGUUGUGUUCAGGCACACGGCGCUCGUUCUUCUGCCGCAUGAAGUACAACAAAAUUUCAGUCAAAGUUGAGGACAAAGAAUUCCAAUCCAACUCGUCCAAAAAGAAAGAAGUGCAGAAGUACUGCACCGUCCACUGCACAGGCUACAUGCGCAGUUGGGCCACCAGCCAGCUGGGAGUAGAGGGGGAGGGGGAAGCAGACAAGCAGGAUAGCUCCCACUUCAGCUGCCUGGUGGCAGUGGGGCGCAUCCACUCCCACUCAUCUCCCCAGGUUAAUGGAGAAGUCCGAGUUAAAGCAACAGAAUUCACCACGCGUUAUGCCAUGGACGGAAAAUUCACCUUUGUUGAUCAAAGAGCAACAACCAUUCUUGGUUAUCUGCCCCAAGAAUUACUCGGGACAUCAUGCUAUGAAUACUUCCAUCAAGAUGACUUACCACAUUUAGCUGACAGGCAUAGAAAAGUGCUGCGAAGUAAAGAGAAGAUCGAGACAAACUGCUAUAAGUUCAAAACAAAACAUGGAUCUUUCGUCACUCUGCAAAGUCAGUGGUUUAGUUUUGUUAAUCCCUGGACCAAAGAAGUAGAAUACAUAGUGUCAACUAACACAGUUAUAUCGCAUGAUCUCAGUCGAACCAGUCGGUCGGGAAACAAGUCUGAGCUGUCGAGCAACUCCAAGACACAUGAAGACGGAAAGAAGUCCUUUCCAGUCAUACCAGGCGUCUCCACUGCACCUGGAGCCAUGAUUUAUGCUGGAAGCAUAGGGACCCAGAUUGCAAAUGAGCUCCUGGAUUUUAACAGGAUGAACUCAUCCCCCUCUAGUGGUAAUACCAGCCCGUUCAGUUUACCACCAGAUAAAUGUGCACAAACUCACAAUCAAAACAGCAACAAUGUGCCAAAUGGAGAGGUUACAGACAUGGAGGUGCCAGGAAAGUCCAGCUCAGAGGAUGAGCCACAGGGAGCUGCAUUCUCAGGAGGAGACUCACUCAUGGGGGAGAAUUCCCAGCUGGAUUUGGACAGCGUGGUUGGACCGGGCCUUAGUAGUCUCAGCAAUGACGAAGCAGCCAUGGCAGUGAUCAUGAGCCUCCUGGAGACGGACACAAACUUGGGCGAGGCUGUUGACUUUGAGGAGAUGCAUUGGUCUCUAUAGAACCCGCUCUCACAGUGUGAAGCACACUAACUCUCUGACCAUCAGCUUCGUUGGAUGACGUGUUCACCUUGAAUUCUUACAAAGACGCAGCAUUCCUUUUCUAAAGGACUAUUUAUUUAUUAGUGAUCUUUUCCACAUAAGCUGUGUAUUCUUCAUGUGGCUGCUCUAACUGCAGUGGGAUUGACGACAAUAAGGGACACCGGCUUUUCCUCUUCAGGAGGAAGACGUGCCUCUAAAGCCUUACAGCAGUCUGCCUGUUCCUCACUGCUUUCCUUGCAUCUACUGUCAUCCUCUGUUCACCUAACGAGGCCUCGCUUGGUCCAAGAACUCAUGAACAAAAAAGGACGAGAUGUAAAAAUAGCUUAUUUUUCGCUCCUGCCCACAUUUGAAAACAAAAGGUUGGGAGUGAUGAUGCAAAAAAAAAAUGCACUGAAACGAUUUCAUGUCUUUUUUAAAUGGUCGUACUUUGUUAGGUACUGUACUUUUAAUUGAAAUGCAAAGAAGACACCUUGACAACCUGGCCCAUCUGUGACCCCUCAGGAUACAAGCCGUAGGUAGCCAGCCUACCACGGCAGACCACACUUCCAUAACCUCUAAACUUUGAGAGUCACCUCAUAAUGUGCCGCUCAGAGAUUCUUAACUUGUCAGUAUCUGAACAUUUUCCAUGGAAACAGUCCAGAAACCUCUUCUAUUGUACACUGACUUGAAAAUACUGUAUAUGUGUGGGUUUGGUAUGAUUACUAACUAAUGCUGUUUGGGGUGUGUGUCUUAAAGGGAUAGUUUGCAUAGGAAGGAUCUGUUCAUUUUUUUGUGUUCUUUAAGACCUCUAUCCCCAGUGUUGGCUGCCCUGGACUUCAUCUGUUCUAAUCAUGUGACAUGUUUAGAUCGAAAUGAUCCACCUGGUAUUUUCAGCGUGAAAGGACUCUUAUAAAUGUAUAAGAACUACAGUAAUGCAAAUUAAAAACAGUGUUGUAAGAGGUGCUCAGAUGGGGGUUGGCGGCAACAGCUAAGCAGGAAACCCAUUUCACAUCUGUGGCGAUUUAAUACGUGUCUGAGGUUGAUCUCUGAGGUCUAAUGUCAACUCAGGAAGUGAUGGAAAUAGAGCUCCCAUCUUUAAAAUACAAGAAUAUAUUUAGCAGGAUUUUGUCCCUAGUUUUAAGUUUGAAAUACUCUUCUACAUACGGUGUGUUGUUUAGAGUCAUCUUUUCAUGGGUCUGUGUACAUUUAUUGUCAGUUAUAUGAUCUCUUUUUUUUAAGCCAUAGCUUUAGCUGUUUUAUUUUCCUGUGUACUGUUAUACACUGACAGUCUUCAUGUGUUUGAUGGGCAAGAGUAGUUACAGGAACAGAACAUAGUCGUGAAGGGAUUAUGCUAUGCAGAACUAUCAUUCCAUUAGUGCUACAUUUUAAAGUGUGUCCCGUCUCUCCCAUGUCAUGUAUUAAGUAAGUAUACGACAUGCCGCUAACUAGUUAAUUGAUUUUUGGUGAGGACUUGAAUAUUGGACUGAACUGUGUGGAUCACUUAGCGAUGUUACCUCAUGUAGAUUUUUUUAUUUUACAUAUCUUUGAUUUUAUUAACAAAUCAUUGUUCCCCUUUAUGUGAUGACCUGAAAUGUUAGUGAGUUAUUCGUUAGCCAGAUGGUGUAAUGAGGACGGUGUUUGGUCAAGUUUACAAUAUCCAAUGCAUGUCAAAUUAUUGUCACACAGUGAUUCUUUCAAAGAUUGGCAGUGUUGCUCAUGCCAAAAUUUACCAGAAUAAUGUUAUUUUAAUGACACAGGGACAGUACUAGUGGGGGGAUUAAAUACUUCUGUACUGUUAUUGUAGAUGUCAAAAUGACUCUUGUUUUAAUAGAACUGUGUGUGCCUCUGA